UGAAUGGGCGCGCGGCAGCCAUUGUUGUACGUCUCUGCAUUAUUUUACAUAAAUACUGCCAUCGCGCCUCUGAAGAUGAAAUACCAUUACUCACAAAUUCAAGAGAUCCUUCAUAUACCUUUACUACACAUCAUUUUUCUUCGCACGCGCAACCAGAAUGUUUGAACUGAUUAAACGUUUCCUCUCGCCGGAGUGGACUUGGCCAUGUCCAGAGCGACUGCAACCCGAUAUGCCAAUGCCGCCCGUCCCCAAGCCACAUCAUCCUCUCGUCGCCAAGUUUUGGGCUUACGUUCACUAUUACCUUAAGGAGUUUUCCUACCGAUAUUAUAGCCCGUGGUACGGGGUGGAAUGGAAUAAUGGGAUUAUAGACCUUCCGUUUGGAUUGAUCAUAAAGUGGUCCGAUGGCACGCGGGCUGAAGAAUACCUUGCUACGCAAGUUGUCCGGGCUGCUGGCUUUCCCGCGCCUUUGGUCCUUUGCUACGGCUUUCAUCCUCACAUGCCGCACGCCCCUGUCUCUAUCCUUAUGAGUCGUCUUCCUGGCAAGGAGCUGGGUGAAGUAUAUAAUACACUCGAAGACACUGAGAGAGGCCAAAUAAUGCAGGAUCUGAAAAAAUACCUGAGUAUAAUGCGAAAGUGGAAAAGUCCUUGGGGCAGCGACCGGGUUUGCUCUGUAACUGGGACAUCCCUUCGGAGUGUUCGUAUCCCUCAUGAGUCUGGCGGGCCAUUUGAAUCUCUAAACGAAUUCAACGAUUAUUUAUUGGCUCCGAAAUGGAUAAACGAAAUGACAGAAGAGGUGUAUGCCGAACGCCUAGCGAAGGCGGAGAAAUUUCACUCAAUAAACCACAGGAUCGUGUUCACGCAUGGUGAUCUAAAGCACCACAAUAUUAUGGUCCACAAAGGGCAUGUAUCAGGCUUCAUCGACUGGGAAUCUGCUGGUUGGUAUCCGGAGUAUUGGGAGUACACUACAUCAAUGAGAAUAUUGCGCAAAACCUUUUGGUGGUAUGAUUUUAUAGUGGAGUUGGGUGCGAAAGAUUACAUGAAAGAGGCGGAUUACGACCGGGGUCGCCACAAUAUUACAUGCUUUUCAUAUUGGGGGUGAUUUAAUGUACAAUUUGCUUCCUAGAGCCAUGUGUGUUUAUUCUAAUUUUCCUGUCAAUCUCAAUAGCAUGCAUUAUCCAUCAAUCAUUU